ACUGAAUGCGCUGCAAAGGCGACAACAGACAAAGGCAGCCAGAGCCAGCGCAUUGGCCGUGACUCGGCGUGACAGGCUCCUCUCGCACCAGAAUUGUGACCGGGAGUAUCUCGGGUGUGAGAACGCUGUGAUUGUCGAAACACAUAUUUUGGGACGAACCAAGAUCUUGAAAAUCAUGAGACCCGAGUCCCGGCAACAAACCAUAGCCACUUAUGGUCAAUCGAGCAUUCUAGGCGUCACGGGGAAAGCAAAAGGUGACAUGGUUAGGUGGCUGACCUGAUGCAGUCCUCCUGCAGAAAUCAUGCUCGUGGCUGACCUUGGGGGGACGCAUCUGCCUACAAGGAUAAUCCCAUCACGAAUGCGGCUAUCGACGACAGCAAUAUUCCAACCGCUCUCGACCUAUGUGGCCCGUCGGGCACGAUUUCCUCCAUCCCAAUGAUCAGGCCACAUCCGGGACGAAGGGUGGUUGACCACGGACAUUCUCGUUUGCAUUUCCACUAUGUGUUGUGCAGCGGUCUCACGCCGAGCACCAAAUGCAAUAAACAAUCUGGAGGGCUGAUUUUCGCGUUCGGGCGAUUGGUGGCUCUUUGUUUCGCCUGAAGGAACCAGCUGCAUCGCCGUUGCAGAGAACCCCGUUGCACCCCCGAUGACACGAUACUACCGUAUCGCCACAUUGUCGGAUGGGACGAAAAUACUCAUUGAUUGUUGUGAUCUACAGCCCUUCCCUCCUUGCGGCCCGGGCCCUGGGGGGGCGGUAGCUGCUGUGAGCACGGAAACCUGGUUGCCGGAAUACUGUGUGCUUUCUCACAAGCCAAAUCUCCUUUCGUAUUGCGAGCUCUGGCAGAAACAGCGACUCCGCCGUGGAUGCUUCGGGCAGGUAGUAUUGGGGCGUUUGGCCGCCUACUUGGAGUUUACCGCUUUGACGCCGGCAACCCGGGACCUCCACAGUGGUCUCAAAAAUAGCUAGCUGUGCAGGCCGGCCUACUCUACUAGGCUCGGUUUUUCUUCUUCUUUUUCGGCCGCGGUGGUGUUUGUGUUAGCGGCCGAGUUGAGCAAUAGAUGUUUACGCUCACUACAUUCAGUAGCCGCCGAAACGGACAACGAAGAGGUAGGGUAAGAAGGGGGGUGGCUCGCACAACCACUCAGCUGCCUCACUAUUGGACCCAGCAACACACUGGGACUCGGCAAUAUCCAUACGAAACGCAUCCCAGCAAAGCGAUCUGACGGGGUCCAUCUGGCAUCACGGAGAUUUUGCGACUCGCGUCGUACAGUGCAACGCAACUCAAUGCACACCUGUCGAAACACAGAUCCACCACCACCGCGCCAGGCAUCCAGGUCUUACAACCACUGCUUAUAGAAAGAAAGAAGCUGCAAGACAAGCUCCCCAUGCCGCCUCUCUCGGACCUCGUGUAUGAAUAGCCCGUCACCGAGCUGUGAGAUUGUGAGAAAGAUGUGAACGCGCGAAGGUUGUCUGCCUCCGAUGCAGAUCGCCGAGGACCACCCUCCCCCCCUCAAAAAAAAAAUCAAGAUCACCAUCCUUUUCAGUUCAGCUGUAAACAACAAGUUCACGCUCGAGGCAGGAACAGGGUUCACCAGGGCAGAUGCAUGAAGUCCACCGCUGCGAUGGAAUCUGAGUUGAUGGUCGCCUUAGGGGACAAUUUCUUUCGGUGUGGACACCACACGGGUCCGGGGAGGGCUUGGAAACCUGGUCACCUACGGUUACCUCCGC